ACGAGUUGAGAUAUAGUAUGUAAAUGUACACUUUUGUAUAUGAUUAUUUGAAAUACAAGGAUUCUAUACCUUCCUUUAACUUGAUUAUAAAAGUUUCGAUUGAAGGAAGUGAGUUUGGCGAGUGAAAUAUCGCAUUUGCCCCUUCUCUCGAAAUCGAGUAUCGAUCGUAAAGUGGAACGAUCUUCAGUGAACGCGCGGUAAGACGUCAAACCUAACCAAAUUUAUCCUCGUUAACGCAAAGACGGUGUUGACCAUCAAUUAAAGAAGGUGCAAAGGUACUUCAUUUAUUAAUUACAACGCAGUUGAUAUACUCGAGCAGUGCAUAAUUAGAAGAAAGAAGUGGUUACGGUCGUCAAAACAGAAUGAAUUACAUAAGAGAUCAAUACGCCGAGCUGACAACACGAUGCUUAACCCAUUAAGUACCAGCUAUCUAUUUAUAGGAGGAGCUUGGAGUUCUUCGAUCUUCUACCGGAAGACCCCAAGUUGUACGACAAAAUGCGACCACCAAAGAAGGAUGGACAAGCGACCGUGGUUUAUUUCCACGUCACUGUUAUGGGUCUUGAUUCCAUAGAUGAGAAUUCGAUGACCUAUGCAGCUGAUAUAUUCUUCGCUCAAACUUGGAAAGACAACAGGCUACGAUUACCAGAAAAUAUGACAUCCGAAUAUAGAUUACUGGAAGUGGACUGGUUGAAGAAUAUGUGGCGACCAGAUUCGUUCUUUAAGAAUGCCAAAUCAGUGACUUUUCAAACGAUGACUAUACCGAAUCAUUACUUAUGGUUGUACAAAGACAAAACUAUUUUAUACAUGGUCAAAUUGACGUUAAAAUUGUCCUGUGCCAUGAACUUCCUGAUCUACCCUCACGACACACAGGAGUGUAAACUACAAAUGGAAAGUUUGUCGCACACGACGGAUGAAAUGAUCUUCCAGUGGGAUCCUGACGUACCACUCGUCGUCGAUGAGAACAUCGAGCUGCCGCAACUGCAACUGGUUAAAAAUUACACAGCCGAUUGCACACAGGUCUAUUCUACGGGUAACUUCACUUGUCUUGAGGUAGUGUUCGUCCUGAAACGUAGACUUGGCUACUACUUGUUUCAUACUUACAUUCCUACCUGUCUGAUUGUUAUUAUGUCGUGGGUCUCGUUUUGGAUAAAACCGGAAGCGGCGCCAGCCAGAGUGACACUGGGCGUAACUUCCUUGCUGACCCUUUCGACGCAGCAUGCGAAGAGUCAAGCGUCAUUACCUCCUGUGUCAUAUCUAAAGGCCGUGGACGCGUUCAUGUCAGUUUGCACGGUCUUCGUGUUCAUGGCGUUGAUGGAGUAUUGCCUGGUGAACAUCGUUCUCGGUGACUCGGAUACUCCUCCGAAACCGGCGCCGCCGCCUGCACCGCCAUCUUCCAGCGGCACAGAUUCUGCGAAGCUAGAUAAAAUCUUUGACAUCGCUACUAAGGAGAACGCAAUGUUGCUAUCCGGUCGAUCGCAGAAAUCGUCAGCCGGUCCACCGCCAGGCCCUACACCUGCACAGAGAGCGCGAAUGCGUGCUCUAAACAUCGAUCGGGUAUCCCGAGUCUUCUUCCCUUUCCUAUUUGCGGUAUUAAACGUAACAUACUGGAUAAUGUUCGCCGAGUACAUUUAAGCUGUCGUGGAAAUCGAUCGCGGCGUGGCUCGAAGAAACGGAAACGUCGAUGCUUGGUGAGAAGAUACCGGGUGAGAACCGAAGAGACGCUGACUGAAAGAGGACGCGAAGGAUGGUUUCUGAUCGAUAGGGAUGCAAUGAAUUGGAUGCAUUCCAGAGAUAGGAAUGAAAGGAAUAUUUGUUACCGAAGGUCGAAGGUUGAUUCAUAAAUCUUUGAUAAGCUCGUUUCUUUCCAGGCUGUUGUUCUAAUUAAUAGAACGGUGAUAGAGAUCGAGGGUUCAAAGGUGUAUGAGAUGGGUGGAGAAUCUUGGUGCAAUUAAGA